UCGAUCGAUGUUUCUGUGUUCUACACGUUUGUCUGACCCUGUUUGUUUUGCUCCGAUGGCGGCAAGGGGACUCUUGUUUGGUUUCAUUUGUUUGUUCUUUUACUGAUCAUUAAUUAAUGGAGAAAAAGAAAUUUAAUAUCAAUUUGGACGACUCAAAAUUCACCAAGGAGAGAAGUCCGGUGGCGUCUUUGUUCAAGACGAAAGAUGGCAAUGUAGAGAUCUCAUCUGCUCAAAGUGCUUCAACCGCUCCUGGCCAACCACUGUCCUAUGCAGAUUUCAUCGUUCAGAACAAAAACAGGGGCAUUCAGGGAGCAGCCCAUGGAUCAGAGAAGCAUACAUCUGGUGCCCAAAAUACGAAUAAUGAUGCUGCAGGCAAAAGUUGCUUAAGCACAGCUGGAAGUGAGUCAGUAACCUCCACAGAUUCAGGGAAACCCGAGACUGUCCAGCAGGGACCAGCUGAGGUACCCACUAAAGAGGAUGGCCAGAGUUUGGAGAGCUGUGUAAUUGCUCCUCAUCUCUUAGGAUCAGGAAACAGUAUCAUUGUCAGUCCUCGACAGAGAGGAAACCCCAUCCUAAAGUUUGUAAGAAAUGUUCCUUGGGAGUUUGGAGAAGUGGUGCCAGACUAUGUUUUGGGACGGACAACAUGUGCUCUCUUUCUCAGUGUGCGCUAUCAUAAUCUGAACCCAAAUUACGUCCAUGAACGUCUAAAACAGCUGGGCCAGAGUUUCACCCUCAGAGUUUUGCUCGUCCAGGUUGAUGUGAAAGACCCACAUCAUGUGCUGAAAGAACUCGCUCGAAUAUGCAUCAUGGCUGACUGUACCCUCAUCCUGGCCUGGAGCCCUGAAGAAGCAGGUCGUUACCUUGAAACAUAUAAAUCUUAUGAGAAGAAACCUGCAGAUCUUCUGAAGGAACAAGUGGAGAAAAAUUACCUAUCCCAGGUUACCGAUUGUUUAACCACAGUAAAGUCAGUCAAUAAGACAGAUGCCAUGACUCUCUUGUCUACUUUUUCUUCUCUGGAGGGCAUCAUUAAUGCUUCUAAGGAGGAGCUUGUGUUGUGUCCAGGACUUGGUCCACAGAAGGCAAGGAGACUUUAUGACGUACUGCAUCAGCCCUUCAUAAAAACCAAGAAGAAGGAAAGUGGAUAAGCUGCCUUUCAGAAAAUCAUCAAGUAUUUAAAAGGCUCUAGAAGCCUCUGUAGCACAUGGACACUGGGGGUUUCCGUUGAGUCUAUGGUUUCUAAUGGUCUGUAAGUGGGGCAUGUAUGUAUUAUAGUUAUUUUUGUGUGUGUGUGUGUGUGGUUUAUAGGUCUAAAUGUAACUCGUUUUUGUCAUUCUUGUAAUCUGAUUCAACAGAAUUUACAUGUAUGAUGUUAGAUGUUAUGAAAGGAAUGCAAUUUUCAUGUUUUUUGUGAAUGGUCUAAUAAAUCUUUAAAUUAAUUUGGCAAUAAUGACUUUUAAGUUGUUAUUUAGAGGUGGGAGGUAUCCAUAUUUCCUUGCACAACUUAAAACAUAAAUUAAAGAGCCCAUCUGUCAUGUUAGAAAGAAAAUAGGUGGAAUCUGCAAAUUCAAAAUGAAAAGAGUACAAGUUUGAGCCCACUGAGGUUGGGAAUCCCAACCUAUUAUGCAUUUUAUAGUAGAGAGUCGGGCUUGUAACCCCAGAGUUGCUGGUUUGAGUCUCACGGCCAGCAGGUUGUGACUGUGAUGCCCUUGAGCAAGGCACCUUAACCCUAAUUGCUCCCCGGGCGCUGUAGGUAUAGCUGCCCACUGCUCCGUGUGUGUGUGUGUGUGUGUGUGUGUGUGUGUGUGUGUGUGUUCACGACUUGCAUCACUGUGAUGGGUUAAAUUUAGAGGUAACAUUUCGAGUAUGUGUUGCGUACUUGACAAGCAUGUCACUUUCACUAUUGCAUUGC